GCUGGUGUCAUCCUUGCCACUCAGAAUGACUGAUCCGGCUGUGAACAGGGUGGUUAGUGAAAUAAUUCGCUCUCCUGAGGACAAGCGGGUUUACAGGGGCCUGGAGUUUACCAAUGGCUUGAAGGCAAUGCUCAUCAGUGACCCAACAACAGACAAAUCCUCAGCUGCUUUGGAUGUGCACAUAGGAUCAUUAUCGGACCCGGGGAACAUCUCAGGCCUGGCACACUUUUGUGAGCACAUGCUGUUCCUAGGAACAAAGAAGUAUCCCAAGGAGAAUGAGUACAGCCAGUUUCUCAGUGAGCACGCAGGCAGCUCCAAUGCCUUCACCAGUGGAGAGCAUACCAAUUAUUACUUUGACGUGUCCCAUGAGCACUUGCAAGGAGCACUAGAUAGGUUUGCCCAAUUCUUCCUGUGCCCAUUAUUUGAUGAGAGCUGUAAGGACCGGGAGGUGAAUGCUGUGGAUUCUGAGCACGAGAAGAACCUGAUGAAUGAUGCCUGGAGGCUGUUUCAGCUAGAGAAGGCCACUGGCAACCCGAACCACCCCUUCAGUAAAUUUGGAACAGGUAACAAACUGACCCUUGAGACCCGGCCGUCGAAAGAUGGGAUUGACAUCCGUCAGGAGCUCCUGCAGUUUCACUCUACAUACUACUCCUCCAACCUCAUGGGACUCUGUGUGUUAGGAAGAGAAUCAUUAGAUGAGUUGACCUCCAUGGUGGUGAAGCUAUUUGGAGAAGUGGAGAACAAGAAUGUGCCUAUCCCAGAAUUUCCUGAGCAUCCAUUCCAGGAAGAACACCUCAGGCAAUUCUACAAAGUGGUGCCCAUUAAAGACAUCAGGAACCUGUAUGUAACUUUCCCCAUCCCGGACCUGCAGAAGUACUACAAAUCUAAUCCAGGACAUUAUCUGGGACAUCUGAUUGGUCACGAGGGACCUGGAAGUUUGUUAUCUGAGCUAAAAUCUAAAGGCUGGGUGAACACACUUGUUGGAGGGCAAAAGGAAGGAGCCAAAGGAUUCAUGUUCUUCAUCAUCAAUGUGGACCUGACCGAGGAGGGCCUUCUGCACGUUGAGGACAUCAUCUUCCACAUGUUCCAGUACAUCCAGACACUGCGCACUGAGGGACCGCAGGAGUGGGUGUUUGAGGAGUGCAAGGAUUUAAACAAAGUGGCCUUCAGGUUCAAGGACAAGGAGCGACCCCGUGGCUACACCUCUAAAGUUGCCGGUUUACUACACUACUACCCUCUUGAGGAGGUUCUAGCAGCAGAGUACCUUUUGGAGGACUUCAGGCCAGAUCUAAUCGAGAUGGUGCUGGAUAAGUUGAGACCAGAACAUGUCAGAGUUGCAGUGGUGUCAAAGUCAUUUGAAGGGCAAACCGACAAGACAGAAGAGUGGUACGGCACGCAGUACAAACAGGAGGCCAUCAGUGACGCGACAAUUGAGAAAUGGGCCAGUGCAGACGUGAAUGGCAAGUUCAAAUUACCAAUGAAAAAUGAGUUCAUCCCAACCAACUUUGAGAUCUACCCUCUUGAGAAAGACUCUCCUUCAGUCCCCACUUCAAUCAAGGACACUGCUAUGAGCAAGGUGUGGUUCAAGCAGGAUGACAAGUUUUUCCUGCCCAAGGCAUGCCUGAACUUUGAGUUCUUCAGCCCGUUUGCUUAUGUGGACCCAUUGCAUUGUAACAUGGCAUAUUUAUACCUGGAGCUCCUCAAGGACUCCCUCAACGAGUAUGCAUAUGCAGCCGAGCUAGCUGGGUUGAACUAUGAUCUCCAAAAUACCGUCUAUGGGAUGUAUCUGUCUGUUAAAGGUUACAAUGACAAACAGCACAUCCUGCUGAAGAAGAUCAUCGAGAAGAUGGCCACCUUUGAGAUAGAUGAGAAGCGCUUUGACAUCAUCAAAGAGGCGUACAUGAGGUCUUUGAAUAACUUCAGAGCUGAGCAGCCUCACCAGCACGCCAUGUACUACCUCCGUCUGCUAAUGACUGAGGUUGCCUGGACCAAAGAUGAGCUCAGAGAGGCGCUGGAUGAUGUAACUCUCCCACGCCUCAAGGCCUUCAUACCUCAGCUGUUGUCACGGUUACAUAUUGAGGUCCUUCUUCAUGGCAACAUCACCAAAGAGUCUGCUCUUGGCAUGAUACAAAUGUUGGAGGACACGCUCAUCGAGCACGCUCACACAAAGCCCCUCCUCCCGAGCCAACUGAUUCGCUACAGAGAGGUUCAGGUUCCAGAUGGUGGCUGGUAUGUUUACCAGCAGAGGAACGAGGUACACAACAACUGUGGCAUUGAGAUCUACUAUCAGACAGACAUGCAGACCACCCACGACAACAUGCUGCUGGAGCUGUUCUGUCAGAUAAUUUCUGAGCCAUGCUUCAACACACUGAGAACCAAAGAACAGCUGGGCUACAUUGUGUUCAGUGGGCCCCGGCGGGCUAACGGAGUGCAAGGCCUGCGCUUCAUCAUCCAGUCGGAGAAGGCGCCUCACUACCUCGAAAGCCGAGUGGAGGCUUUCCUCUGCACCAUGGAGAAGGCUGUGGAGGAGAUGAACGAGGAAGCCUUCCAGAAACACAUCCAGGCACUUGCCAUCCGCCGCCUGGACAAGCCCAAGAAGCUGUCGGCUGAGUGUGCCAAGUACUGGGGAGAGAUCAUCUCUCAGCAGUAUAAUUUUGACAGAGAUAACAUUGAAGUGGCCUACCUGAAGACAUUGACUAAAGAAAACAUAAUGCAGUUCUACAGAGAUCGGCUGACAGUUGAAGCCCCAAAGAGACACAAGGUGUCUGUGCAUGUCCUGUCCAGAGAGAUGGACUCCUGUCCAAUAGUUGGCGAGUUCCCUGCUCAGAAUGAUGUCAACCUGGCCCCUGCUCCCUCCCUGCCACAGCCCACGUUGGUGCAGGACAUGACGGAGUUCAAGAGGAGCCUGCCUCUCUUCCCCCUGGUCAAGCCUCACAUCAACUUCAUGGCUGCCAAACUGUGAGCGAGGCCGGCAGGACGACACGCAGCAGCAGCACGGGGGGCGCUGGGGAGGGCGACCGUGAGGGACCCUGCCGUGUUUCCCACCUACACCAUCAUCCUCCUGUCAGGAAGACUCUCAUCUGACUGAGCCUGCAUUAGCGUGUGUGUGUGUGCGUUUGUUUGUUUGCGCGAGUGCAUGUGAGUGUGUGUGUUUGUGUGUGUGCAUGUGUGGCAGGCUGGAGCCACUAGAAGAGAUGCUUGGAAACAAAUAUUUGAAUCACAAAGUUAGCCGUGGUUGUCGACAUAGCCGUGAUGACGAUAGAGGUCACACCAGACUCACCUCAUGUUAAACGCCUCUGCAAGGAGACGCAACACUCACACGCAUCACAACUGUGUAGGCUGUCGUAGAGGAAAUAGAUUCAACGUAAAAAAAAAAAAAAAUGAGAGAAGGGCCAGUUCCCUUUUUUAAAGAUGAGUUAAAGUGUACUGCAGAAGCUUCACAGCAGGAGGCGUUUUAUUUGAAUAAUUCAGACAUGCUGCUUGAGAAUGGAUAGCUGGUUGAUUGUGAUGAACUGGGGGCUGCAGAGGUUAACCACCGUAGCUCCAUGAAGGUCGUCGUCUUUUUAUUUGUCGGACUGGUAUGUUUGCCAUGUAACUCUCGAGGCACCUCGGCGCUCCUGAAUCCGUUAUCACAAAAGACGCACUCGGUCCAACGGAAUAUUUUAUUGCAAUUUAUGCGUUUCCACAGAAUACCUGCCUUCUUUAAAUUGGUUUUUAAUCCUUGAAAUGUUUUUUUCUUGUAAACUGGUAAAAUGUUGGGACCCUUUGAGGAGCUGUUUGAAAUUGCAGAUGACAGAGAGCCAUGCCCAUGGAAAUUGUUUUUAUUUUUUUGAUGCAUUUUACAGUGAUUUCAGACAUCUCAGGGGAACCUCCAUGCUGUUUUUGUUUUUUUUACAUUCAGUUUAACUAGUGAUUGAUUUUAAAUAAAAACACUUUUAUCAGUCUGUCAUCCACAUCAGUGUUUUGUUCACGUCACUAAAUGUACUCAGAACAUUUUGGUUAUUUUUUUGUUUUAGUUUCAGUCCGAGAAGAACAGUAUUUUAUUUUUUUUCUGUUUUGUCAGCUCUGGGUAGAUCGUCAUUAUUCUUCCACUCUGUGUCUGACACUUGCAGAGACUUUCUGCAGCUUGUGCCUUUCCAGGGGGGCAUCAGUUACUUUGUAUCUGGCUGCACUGAGCUGCUCCUGGUCUUGACCCGGGGGCAGAAUCCUGAAGGAUCUAACCCCCUAAUUUGCUGGACUGUGCACUGGCUCUCACAGCGUAGAUGUCGCACAAAACAAAACAAAAAAAAAGCAGCUAGACACAUUUCAUGUUGCUGUCUAAAGGGGGUUGAAGGACAGGAUUUCUUUCUGAAUAUAUGCACUUCUCUCACUAAGCAAUAAACUUAAUGAUGUGGACGGAGAACAGUGUGAGGCUCCGCACUGCUGAUCAGCUCCAGUCUAAACUGCGGAGACCGUGCGACGGUGUGAGGAUAGUGAUGUCAGCGCCUUGCAAGCAAUGACCUGCUCUCUCAGGUGCUAACCACUGCUGGUGGAGCUGCCAGCCAAAAAUCUGAGUUUUGAAUUCCUUUUUUUUUUUUUUCCUCCUCCUGCCCCGCCGUACCUGCUCUCAGGCCGAGUUCACACGAUGCUGCAGAGUUUUAAAGACUGAUUCAAGAGAGAUUCUUGUGUCAAAAGCUUCUUCAAUGUUUUCCAGCAUUUUACUAUGUCUCAACCAGAUAAAAAACAAUUCUGAUUUUUAUUAACAAGGCCCUGCUUCAUUCUCAAACUUUGUUAAAAAGGCAAUAUUUUCCUGUUCUGGUGAAAAACCCAAAGAUGAACAACGGCAGCAUUGGGUGGACUGUCACUCCCACAGGCGGCAGCUUAAACAGCACCUGGAGGGCGGUGACGUUUUCAUGCAGUGCUCAGAAGAAAUUAGCAACAUGACAUAUCAGGCUGGGGUGGGCCGUGCACCACGCACUGUUUGCCGUGUGAAGUACAUAGUGAUUGGUUUACAUUUAGGAAAAGCUGGAGUUUUUUUGGGUUUUUUUUUCUUUUUUUCCAUGUUUGGAUGUUUUUUGCAAAUACCAGACUGUGAUAAUUGGCUGGUUGGGUUUGUGGGCCGCUGAUACAAGAGUGCUGAUAUUUUAUGUUUGUUCUUUUUAUUGUCUCGUGUGUGUGUUUCUAAUUAAUAAACUACUGAAUGGAA